AUGGGAUUAAACGUGGCAGGUGGUCUAUCGUCAUUAUUGAAAGACGGUCAUAAGCAUUUUGAAGGCGUAGAUGAGGCCGUUGCGAAGAAUAUUGACGCUGUGAAGCAGCUAGCAGCCAUCACACGCUCAUCAUUGGGUCCUAAUGGCAUGAAUAAGCUCGUUAUCAACCAUUUAGAGCGUAUUUUUGUCACAAGUGACACAGCUACAAUUGUAAAAGAACUAGAAGUUGUUCAUCCAGCUGCACGUAUGGUCGUAAUGGCUGCAAAGAUGCAAGAAAAUGAUUUUGGCGAUGGAACAUGUCUUGUCGUGGCGUUAGCGGGUGAAUUGCUUAUGGAAGCUGCUAGUUUACUACGCAUGGGACUGCAUGCUAGUGAAAUAGUCACGGGAUAUCAAAAGGCACACGACAAGUGUCAAGAAAUUCUGCAAAAAUUGCAGACUGUACAGAUAAAGAAUCCACGGGAGCAGGUGGAGCUACAGAAGGCCAUUAAGACGUCACUGGCUUCCAAGCAGUACGGUUAUGAAGAGUUAUUGGCUAAACUUGUAGCAGAAGCUUGUUUGAAUAUAAUGCCUGCUGCUCCGAAAAACCCGUCGAUUAAUGUGGAUAAUAUCCGUGUGGCCAAAAUCAUGGGAGGCAAUUUGCAUGACUCGACCGUCAUCCGUGGUAUGGUGAUCCAGCGUAACACUGAGGGUAACGUGAAGAAAGCGCUUAAUGCAAAGGUAGCAGUGUUUGGUUGUGGUCUUGAAAUCUCGUCUACGGAGGCGAAAAGCACGGUGCUCAUUAAAAAUGCAGAUGAGCUCAUGAACUAUAACAAGGGUGAGGAGAAAAAGCUGGAGGAAGCUAUUCGUGUUAUUAGUGAAUCGGGUGCAACGGUGGUAGUUUCAGGUGGAAGCAUCAGCGAGAUGGCAUUGCAUUUUCUGGAAAAGUACAACCUUAUGGCAGUCAAGAUCCAGUCGAAGUGGGAAUUGCGGCGUCUAUGCCGCGCUGUGAACGCAAAUGCUUUGGUUCGUUUGGGUGCUCCCACCCCUGAUGAGAUGGGUUUCUGUGACAGUGUGAUGGUCAAGGAGAUUGGCGGCAAGAAAGUCACUGUCUUUCAGCAGGAUCAAGAAGAUGCUAAGAUAUCAACUAUUGUGCUGCGAGCGAGCACGGACAACGUUCUAAAUGACAUUGAACGUGCUAUCGAUGAUGGUGUGAACUGCGUGAAGUCUGUGUGCCGGGACAGCCGAUUUGUAUCGGGUGCCGGUUCCACUGAGAUCGAGCUAUCUCGCCAGAUUAAGAGCUUCGGUGAAGCUACGCCAGGUCUUGACCAGUAUGCCAUCAAGAAGUUCGGUGAUGCUGUCGAGGUUGUGCCCCGGAUUCUGGCCGAGAAUUCUGGCCAAAUGGCCACUGAAGUCAUUUCUAGCCUGUACGCUGCCCAUGCGUCGGGCAAUGUUAAUGCUGGUGUGGAUGUGGACAAUGAGCAAGAGUCGCACGUAAUUCUAGACGCGUUGGACAAAAACAUCUGGGACCACCUUCAGACAAAGAUGUCUGCUAUCCGCCUUGGCGCCGAUGCUGCGAUCACGGUAUUGCGUGUGGACCAAAUCAUCAUGGCAAAAGCGGCUGGCGGACCUAAGCCGCGAGGCAUGUAA